UAUGAGAUUAGCCUAAUUAUUAUCAUUUUAUACCUACCAGCUCAACAAGUUAGAUAAUUUUUCAUUAUCCAGUUAACCAAACCAUUACUCUCUUUCACUGUAAACUUUUCAGAUCAAUCGGAAGCUAUGGAUUUUUGGACCCCAAUCAAAGACAUUGCGACUUGCUUAUGGAGCUGCAGUACAACCAACGUUACAUAUAUCAACGAUCUUGACAAGAAUCUCGCAUCUUUGAGAGAAUCCCUGGAUGAACUUAAGUCGUUGAAUGAAGAUAUUGAUGAAGAAAUCAGAAGAGCAGUAGGGCGAAAGUUAAAGAAUCAAAACGAAGUUCAAUCAUGGCAGCGAAGAGCACAAAAGAAACUGAAAACAGUGGAAGAAUUCCUUGGGGAAGAUGAUCAAAAUGUCCAGACGAAACGACGUGGUUUUCGGCCCAAGAACUGCUUCUCCACAUACUUCUUCGGGGUGACUGUGGUUGAGGAGACCGCAGCAGUUAAAAUCCUGACGGACGACAGGAAGAAAUUCGAACUUCAGUUUGUUCUUCCGCCGAAUGCUUUGGUUGAAAAAUUAGAAGUGAAGCCAACUGUGGGUUCGGACACAAUGUUUAACCUGAUAUGGGGUUACAUAGGAGACCAGAGCGUCGGAGUGAUCGCGAUAUACGGUAUGGGUGGCGUCGGGAAAACUACUCUUCUGAAGAGAAUUAAUAACAUGUUCGUCGACACAAGCCAUGGUUUCGAUGCAGUGAUCUGGGUAGUCUUGUCGGAGAAUGGAAGCUUGAGGAAAAUUCAAGAAACUAUUCGUACCAAAUUAAACAUCGCGGACGAGCUAUGGGAGAAGAAAAAAACAGACGAGGAAGGAAAAUCUGCACUCAUCCGAAACAUCUUAGAAACUAAAAAGUUUCUGCUGUUACUAGACGAUCAAAGAAAUCAAAUAGAUUUAUUAGAAGCAGGAAUCCCUCUGUUAGAAAACACUAAUGGUUCCAAGGUAAUAUUCACAACUCGAUCAGAAGAUCUGUUCGGAACGAUGAAAGUCUUAUGCGGAAGAACGAAGGAAAUGAAAAGCGUUAAAGUAGAAUGUCUAGCAUCAAACGAUGCGGAACAGUUGCUUCAGAUGAACUUAGAUAAGGACAUAGCCUCCGAUCCACAAGUGUCGAAUUACACGAAAGAUCUCGCCAAGGAGUGUAAAGGUUUGCCGCUGGCUCUCAUAACUAUUGGAAGAGCCAUGGCCAGAAAAAGACAGCCUGAGGCUUGGCAGAACGCAAUUAUACAAUUACGGAGCUAUCCUUCGGAAUCUCCAGGUAUGAAAAAAGAUGUGUUUCCGAAAUUGAGAUUCAGCUAUGAUAGCUUGGAGGAUACAGAAAAAAAAUGUUUCUUAUAUUGCGCAUUGUUUCCUGAAGAUCAACAGAUUUGUAAACGCGAACUUAUCAAUCUUUGGAUUGGUGAGGGAUUAAUCAGGAAUUUUGGUAGGAUGUGUCAAGCUCGAUAUCGUGGUGUUGAUAUUAUUGGAAAUUUAGAACGAGCGUGUUUGUUGGAAAGCUGUGAGUCGAAAGAGCAUGUGAAGAUGCACGAUGUUCUUCGAGACAUGGCGUUGUGGAUAAUUUGCGACGAAGGGAAGGAAGAGGAUAAGAUUUUAGUCCAGCAAGAUGCGGAAUGGAAUAGAGGGCGUAAUCUUGAAACUUGGAGAAAAGCUGUGAUGGUUUCGUUGUGGGGUUCUCAUUUGAAUCAGCUUCCUGAUAAAACAGAGUUUCCGCAUUGUAAGACAUUGAUUGUUCGAGAAACGAAAUUGGACAAGUUACCAAUUGGGUUCUUUAUGGAUUCAUUGCAGGUUUUGGAUUUGUCGAAUAAUCGUAAUUUAAUCGCGUUACCGAGUGAAAUCAAAAACUUGGUUCGCCUUCAACAUCUUGAUCUUUCGUAUACGGACAUAGUAGAGUUGCCGAUUGCAGUCAAGACAUUGAGCAAGCUAAAGAAUUUGCUGAUAGAUGGUACGGAGAAACUUGAAGUUUUACCGAUGAAUGUGAUACCUUGUCUCGAAUCAUUGCAGGUUUUCAGCAAGAUGAAAUCAAUCUGCUUGAACGAAAAGGCGUUGUUGGAGGAGCUGAAAGGUCUGCUAAGCGUAAUUUGCUUGGGUAUCACACUUAAAAUGGCGAGUUCCAUCACUUUCUUGCUGGAAUCUUCCGAGUUACAAAGCCGUAUCAGCUACUUAACAGUUAUGAAAUGCUCAUCUUUGUCCUCGCUUGACCUAUCCGGAAUGGAAUUUCUUGAGACACUUGAAAUAAGGACAUGCCGUUCUUUACAAGAGCUGGUGAUGACUCCAUUGAACUCGAGAUCAACAAUGCAGCUAGAGUACAACUUGAGUCAUGUAGUCAUUCGUAGCUGUCCAAUUAAAAAUGUGAAUUGCCUCGUCUAUGCUUCGAGGCUUCAGAUUUUAGAACUAGAUGAUUGUCCUUCAAUUGAUGCGUUGAUUGAUGAAACAUUUGAAAUGCCCGAAAUCAAAGAACCUCAAACUGUAUUCUCAAAUCUCCAACAUUUGAGUUUGAGAUAUCUACCGGAGCUGAAGAUCAUAUGCAGGCAAGUCUUGCCCUUGCCUCAACUCACGACGAUCCAAGUGUACAAAUGUCCGCGACUAUGCAAACCGCCAUUCAACUGCGAUGCUAAGAGUAGAAGCUAUUUAAAGAAAAUACACGGCGAAGAGAGCUGGUGGAGUGGAUUGCAGUGGGAAGAUGAAGCUGCAAUGAGAUAUUUUGCUACGAGAUUUAUUAAGAUGGAAGAUCAACGCAGCUUCAGUCGUCGAAAUUCUGACUAUAGAUAACAUCGAAACUUUAGACAACAUAUUUUCUUUUUUUUAUGCUUAUUUGAAUUUGAGAUAUUUAUGGUUGAUUGCUCUUCUUUAUAAUGCAAAGUCUAGUACUGGAAGGAGAGAGUUCAGUGUUUGAUUUUGCGGGAUGCAAGUGAACUACAAAUGGUUUGCAUUUGGUUUUUCGUUUUGUUUUUCACCUGGUGUCUAUGUAGCAAGGAAAAAGUAAAUACCAAGUAAAUUUUAGUAA